CUGAUCACGUGCUCCAGAGUCCUUUCUCCUCCUCCUUUUUCUCCAUCUUGGCCAUUUUCGAGGACGUGACCGGUCUCAAUCUCGAAAUUUUCGUUUACAAAUCGGCUCGAAAAUGUACAGAUGCCGGCAAUUGGUUUCUCAAUGCUCAACCACCAUUAAGUCAAAUCUUGGUCAUGGCAGACAACGAUUUGUCGGCGAAAGUACAACUAAGAGAUUCGGCUCAGAUCAUGGCUACAACCCGCCAGCAAUUAAACCGGCCACGUUGAACGAAAUGCCUACACCUAAGGGUUCUUGGGCUUCAGAACAUUCCCGAGUACAAGCAAAGUACAACAUGCACUUGGCUGCAGGUUUGGGUUUCACGGCUUUCACAGUUUUUGUGGGAUACCAAACAGGUUCAUUCUACCUUAACCUUGGCCCCGAAUUGAAUACCAAAGUCAAUGUAUUGAGUCACGAACAGGUUCGCAAGCAGGCAGCAGAAGCUGCAGCAGCCGCUGCUACAAUUGUAGAAGAGCCUAUUUCUGAACCAGAAGUUGUUGCUUCAGUGGAAAUUGUUGAAGAGGUUGUUCCAGUUGCAGUUGUGGAAGAAGCUGCUCCAGUUGCAGUUGUGGAAGAAGCUGCUCCAGUUGCAAUUGUAGAAGAGGUUGUUCCAGUUGCAGUUGUAGAAGAGGCUGUCCCUGUGGCUGAAGUUGCUUCCGUCAUCGUUGAAGAAGUUGCUCCAGCAUCUGUACCUGAAAGUGUAGAAGCUGUCCCAGCUCCUAGUGGAAAUGAAUCAGGGCCCUCUGAUCAAUCAGAAGUAGUUCCAGCUGCAGCAGCAGCCGUUGCAGUCGCCGGUGAUUUUCCCGUGCACGUUCCUUAUCUAUUGAUUGGAGCUGGUACUUCAUCGUUUGCCGCUUUCCGUGCCAUCAAAUCACGUGACCCGAAAGCAAAGGUUUUAGUCAUCGGUGAAGAAAAUCACUUGCCCUACAUGAGACCACCUCUGUCGAAAGAAUUGUGGUUCAGUGAAGACCCCGAAGUUUCAAAUAAACUUCGAUUUAAACAGUGGAACGGCAAAGAGCGAAGUCUCUUUUUCGAACAAGACGAAUUCUAUUGCAAUCCCGUCGAAUUGAACAGCAAAGAUAAUGGCGGCGUUGCAGUUGUACGUGGACACCGCGUCGUUAAACUUGACAUUGUUGGUCGGAAAGCCGAACUUGACGAUGGUCGUACCAUCACAUACGACAAGUGCCUUAUUGCCACAGGUGGUAAACCGAAAUCUUUGCCAUCCCUGAGCAGUGCCCCUAAAGAUGUCCAGGAACACUUAACCUUGUUCCGCAACAUCGAUGACUUCCAGCGACUCGACUCCAUCUCCCGCCAGGUCAAGUCCAUCACCAUUAUCGGUGGUGGAUUCCUUGGCAGUGAACUUGCCUGUGCUCUUGGCAGAAGAGCCAAAAGUAAUGGAUUGGAGGUGCUUCAAGUUUUCCCUGAGGACGGUAACAUGGGCCGAGUCCUCCCUAAAUAUUUGAGCCAAUGGACAACCGAGAAGGUGAAAGCGGAAGGUGUUCAGGUUAUGCCCAAAGCUAUUGUUGAGGGUGCAAGCUUGGAAGACAACAAGGUCGUAUUGACCUUAAACGAUGGUCAAAAGAUUAAAACUGACCAUGUUGUCGUUGCUGUUGGUUUGGACGCAAACACGGAUUUGGCCGUCGCUUCUGGUUUGGAAAUAGAUUCCAAUUUUGGUGGUUAUCGAGUCAAUGCCGAGCUUGAAGCACGAUCAAACGUCUGGGUGGCUGGAGAUGCUGCCUGCUUUUAUGAUAUCAAAUUGGGUCGCCGUCGUGUGGAACAUCACGACCAUGCUGUUGUAUCAGGGCGAUUGGCUGGAGAGAACAUGACCGGUGCCGGCAAACCUUAUUGGCAUCAGUCCAUGUUUUGGUCAGACUUGGGACCUAAUGUCGGUUACGAAGCCAUUGGUAUCGUGGACUCUUCUUUGGAAACGAUGGCUGUCUUUGCCAAAUCAACUGCUGCCGACACACCAAGGGCUGUUGUUGAAGCUACCGGUGAAGGUGUCCGAUCAGAAACUGAAAAUGCCGCUUCUGAACAAUCUUCUCUGAAAGAGUCGAGCAAACUUCACGCACCUGUCGCCGGAGAAGACUACGGCAAGGGUAUCGUCUUUUACACCAGAAAUGACGUCGUGGUGGGCAUGGUCCUUUGGAACGUCUUCAACAAAAUUCCUGUCGCCCGCCGAAUUUUGAAGGAGGGUUUGACGACGGAUAAACUCGCCGAAGCAGCCAAACUCUUCGAUUUACACGAGUGAAUGCCAAUUUUCUUGAAUUGUUAUUCACUUUUGAACCUGCCAGUUGUAUAGGUAAAGCCUAUCGAAAUCGUGUAGAAAGUGAAAUGAUUGUUGCAUCUCCUCCCUCCCCCACCCCCGCUCUAUUCGGUGUUGUCGGAGUUCCAAGACAUUUGUUUUUUUACAGCGACGAUGGUAAUGGCGGUUCUUUGUACAAUUACACAGUAUGAUGAACGAAAAUACAGUUAGUGGAGAUUCCCCCAAAUUUUCCCAA